CCAGACGCGCAGCCAUUGUCCACCGCGCGGACGCUGACUGUGGCCCCGAGCCUCGGCCCUUGGAGGUUAACCCGAGCGGCUUUUCGAAUGCCGAGUUGGGGAGGGGCAGAGCUAGCGUAACCUGAAUCUGUCGUGUGCAGAAUCGGGGCAGGGGAUUCACCAAGCAGGUCCGCGGCCACAGAACCGUAACGGACAGUGAGCCUGGGACAGGCCCGGCCUGGGCGGCGAACCUGUUGACGCCCAGCUCAGGACCUCAGGCCCCUGCCCGAGGGAGGAGAGCAUGGAAGAGCAGGAUGAGAAGCCUCCUGGGACCCUGGAGGCCUGUGUGCAGGACUCUCUCCUUCCUCAAGAAGUGAUCAUCAAGGUCGAGAGAGAAGAUGCUGGGUCAUUGGCCAUCCCAUCCCAGGAAGGAGGGAACUUCAAAGUUGUCACUGUGGACUUCACUCAGGAAGAGGGCAUUUUGAACCCUGCUCACAGGACUCUGGACAGAGAUGCGAUCCUGGAGAACCACAGGGACUUGGUCUCUUGGGACUCAGCAACUGCACUUGGAAGAAGAGAAUCAACAUCAAAGCAGAGAAUUUUUGGUGAUGAACCAUCCCAUGGAGUGAAGUUAGAAAGGUUGGCAAGAGAUGAUCCUCGGUUAUUUUCAUGUGAAGAAGUUUGGGUUUGUAAGGACCAGUUGGAGAAGCAACAAGAAAAACCAGAAAGACUUUUGAAGAAAGUGACAUUCACUCAAAAGAAUGCUAAUACUCAUGAGAGAGUCUGUAAAAGUGAUGAACUUGAGGAGAAGGGUGGUCUGAAUUCCAGCCUUCUUUCACCUGAGAUGAUACCCAUAAGAAACCAUUUUCACAAACAUACCUCACAUGUUAAAAAAUUACAUCGUUCAGUUAUGAAUGGUCAUCAGAUAACUGAUGACAGUGAGAAACUAUGUGAAAAUAAUGAAUGUGGAAAGAAAACGCAGAGCAUUCACCUUAUUCAGUUUACAAGAACUCAAACAGAAGAUAAAUCCUAUAGAUUUAGCAACAGUAUUCAAUCUUUUAGCCAUGGUCUACCCCUAAAUAUACAUGAGAAAAUACAUGCAAGAGAGAAAUCCUUUGAUUUUAAGGAAUAUGGGCAAGUUUUGAACCAUAGCAUAUCCCAUAAUGAACAGCAGAGAAUUUCUGCUGAAGAGAGACAAUAUAAAUGUAGUAAAAUCUCCCAGAAUUCAUCGCUUGCAUCGAACAUGAGAGAUUCUGAAGAAAAGCCCUUUGAAUGUAACCAAUGCGGGAAAUCCUUCAGCUGGAGCUCUCAUCUUGUUGCACAUCAGAGAACUCAUACAGGGGAGAAACCUUACGAAUGUAACGAGUGUGGGAAAUCCUUCAGCCGGAGUUCUCACCUUGUUUCCCAUCAGAGAACUCAUACUGGAGAGAAACCUUACAGAUGUAAUCAGUGUGGGAAAUCCUUUAGCCAGAGCUAUGUCCUUGUUGUGCAUCAGAGAACUCAUACUGGAGAGAAGCCUUAUGAGUGCAGUCAGUGUGGAAAGUCAUUCAGGCAGAGCUACAAGCUUAUUGCACAUCAAAGAACUCAUACUGGAGAGAAGCCCUAUGAAUGUAAUCAAUGUGGAAAAUCAUUUAUCCAGAGCUAUAAGCUUAUUGCACAUCAAAGAAUUCAUACUGGAGAAAAACCCUAUGAAUGCAACCAGUGUGGAAAGUCCUUUAGUCAGAGUUACAAACUUGUUGCCCAUCAGAGAACUCACACAGGAGAAAAACCAUUUGAAUGUAAUCAGUGUGGGAAAUCCUUUAGCUGGAGCUCUCAGCUUGUUGCACAUCAGAGAACUCAUACUGGAGAGAAACCCUAUGAAUGUAACGAGUGUGGAAAAUCUUUCAACCGCAGUUCUCACCUUGUUAUGCAUCAGAGAACUCAUACAGGAGAAAAACCCUAUGAAUGUAAUCAGUGUGGGAAGUCUUUCAGCCAGAGUUAUGUUCUUGUUGUACAUCAGCGAACUCAUACUGGAGAAAAGCCCUAUGAAUGCAGUCAGUGUGGGAAAUCCUUCAGACAGAGUUCAUGCCUUACUCAACAUCAGAGAACUCAUACUGGAGAGAAACCUUAUGAAUGUAAUCAGUGUGGGAAAACAUUCAGCUUGAGUGCUCGACUUAUUGUACAUCAAAGAACACACACUGGAGAGAAACCCUUUACAUGUAAUCAAUGUGGGAAAGCUUUUAUUAACAGCUCUAAACUUCUUAGGCAUCAGGCAACUCAUACUGAAGAGAAACCUUAUGAAUGCAACUAGUUUGGAAAUUUUCUAGCCAGAGUCUAUUCCUUUCUUCCUCCCUCCCUCCCGUCCAAGGAAGCACAUGUAUGGGAAAGAAAAUGUAUAAAAAUAAUGCAUAUAGAAAAGCUUUUAGGUAGCCCUCUGUUAUUAUGUAUCUGAAAAUUUCUUGUGGAGAAGAAAUGGGGGACUAUGGAUCAUACAUCUUACUUAGCAAUUUCAUAUGCAAAAUCAGACUUAGUCUUUUGUUUAAGUCUUUUGUUUAAUGAUACAUUUUAAACAAAAGUAAUAAAUAUUGGCACUUUUCUUUGCAGAAAGCACUUAGAGAGAAUUACCAUGAUCAUUAAGUGGAGAGUAUUCUGUGGAGCGAUUGCCAGUGAGGUAGACCUCUUUUCCAAAAAGAGUAAAUGAGAAGGCUAACACUGGUGGUGGUGUUGAGGAGUUUGAAAAUUGCUGUAGUUGUUAGAAAUUAGGCUGGAAAACAAUAUUUCAAUGUAUCAUCUUAAAACAUGAUUUUCCUACUAACUACUUUGUAGUUUUUCAUAUAGCACUUUCUCUUACAUAUGAAGAUAUUAUAAAAAUUAGGAACAUGGCUAUGAUACAAAGUGGAUACACAGGACAAGAGUAUGGAACAUUCAUUUCUCAAACCAUUGUGAUAAGAUAUUUGUGUUGUGAAUCAGAAUUAAAAGGGAUUCUAGGUAUUUCUAUUUGACUUUUAGGUUUAUGCCUGUUGGUUUUUGUGGGAGGAAUGUAUACUUUUUUUUU